AGUUUUACGCAUGCGCUUUCCGUGGCCCGGAAUAAGUCAAAGACCACCAGAAACGCUAUUGAGUCAGCGGGGUAUUGAUUCAAGGUUUAACUUUUUGCGACCUUAAUUUAAAAAAUAAAAAAAAAGAGCCAUCAGUGUCGUUAGCACUGGGCCCGUUUGACUAUACGUUUGUCUUUGUUCACGCCGCAUUUCACUAGCAGACUAAUAAUGCAGACAUUAAGGUGUUUGAGGAGUGCAUGGAAACUGUUUCAACCAGGCAGUGAAGGUGCAGCCAGAAGACAUUACAGCCAUCCAUGUUCUCGGGGCUCAUUCGGUCUCCUCUUUGACAUCGAUGGUGUGCUGGUGCGCGGUCAAACACCCAUCCCUGCGGCUAAGCAGUGUUUCAAGAAACUUGUGGACCACCAGGGCAAAUACAAAGUGCCUGUGGUGUUUGUCACCAAUGCUGGAAACUCCAUACGGCAGACUAAAGCAGAGCAUCUUUCACAUGUGCUUGAUGUGGAGGUGUCGCCCGAGCAGGUGAUGCUGUCACACAGUCCUUUGCGAAUGUUCACGCAAUUUCACCAAAUGUGUGUGCUGGUGUCAGGACAGGGUCCCGUUGAAGAAGUGGCUCACAUGUUGGGCUUCCAGAAUAUUGUCACCAUCGAUAAGCUCAGAGAGAGUUACCCACUUCUCGAUAUAGUGGAUCACAACAGAAGACCCAAAGGCAGUAUUCCUCCCACUAAAGGUUUACAGCAAAUAGAUGCGGUCAUCUUAUUUGGUGAGCCAAUUAGAUGGGAGACCAAUCUCCAGCUCAUUCUUGACGUCCUUCUAACCAACGGAAAUCCGGACAGGAAUUGGAAUAAUAUGCAGUAUCCUCACAUUCCUGUACUGGCCUGCAACAUGGAUCUGAUGUGGAUGACCGAAGCCAAGAAUCCCAGGUUUGGUCAUGGUAUGUUCCUGGUGUGCUUGGAGAGCCUUUACAAGAAGGUGACAGGUCAUGACCUGAAGUAUGAAGCUCUGAUUGGUAAACCCAGCAUAGUGACUUAUAAUUAUGCAGAGCUGCUGGUCAGAAAGCAGGCCGAGAGACUUGGAUGGGCCACACCCGUAAAGAGGCUGUAUGCGAUAGGCGAUAACCCUAUGGCUGAUAUAUAUGGUGCCAAUCUCUACAACCGCCACCUUCAGGCUGCUCAGUAUCCUCAGGCCCAGACGCGAGCUAAACAAAGUGGGGCGCAUGCUCAAGCCGGUUACCAGACCCCUAACACGACAUCAACUGAGCUCGGCGGCACACCCGGUGUGUUCGGGCCAGGCUCGGAUCUCCCCGAGGCAUGUCGCUCCAUUCUGGUGUGUACAGGAGUGUACAGCAAAGAGGAGGAGCUGCCGUCGGACACGGGGCACACCGAGCAGCGCACCUUUCACGGCCACAGGGACUUUGGCUUCGACCCGAGCCUCAUGCAGCCGUCCUUUGUGGUGCAGGAUGUCAAUGAUGCCGUGGAGUUAGUGUUCGAGCAGGAGGGAUGGCCCCUGGAUUAAGUGGGCCAUUAAAGGGGUGAAACAUGUGUAUUUUGGAGAAUCCCAGUCCAGAUAGUAAAACCCUGGCACAGUUUGGCUUUAGCCACACAUAAAUGAGAUUGUUUACCUGUCAGUUGAA